AUGUUUCCUAAGGGUCCGCUGGCUCUGCACGGCCUCUCCAUGGAGGACAGCGGUGCUCACUACACCAAAGACGCGCUCCGGUUCGGGCUGCCCCUGCACCUGGACGCUUCAUACCUGGACCCGGUGCACGGCCACAUGUUGCCCUACAGACGCUUAUCCUACUUCCCCUUCCACGGAGCCCUCGGCGUGUGCGAUUACUCCUUCGAGCCCGCGUUCAUCCGCAAGAGGAACGAGAGGGAGCGGCACCGUGUGCGCUGCGUAAACGAGGGUUACGCGCGGCUCCGGGAGCAUCUGCCGCAGGAGCUGGAGGACAAGCGGCUGAGUAAAGUGGAGACUCUGCGGGCGGCCAUAGACUAUAUCAAACACCUGCAGGGCCUGCUGGACUUCAACGCGUCCGAUAUGGAGGAGAUGCAGACAUUUGGAGACAAGCGCAGCCGUGCGCCACGGCCGCAGAGGACAGAGUGUAACAGUGAUGGAGAAUCCAAAGCUGGCCUCAGUGACAAUGGAGAAAUUGUAUAG